AUGGCAAGAAUAGCCAUAGAGGUCAAACUCUCAACCCACGAAAUGGACCAAGUAAAACAAAACAGAAAUAGGGUGGUUGGGAUACCAAAGAAGCACUUGGAAGAGAAAGCGAAAGCUUUGGCGGAUAAAGGUCAAUGGGCUACAUUCAUUGAUGUUUUAGUGUUAUUGGUGUUCGGAGUCAUCCUCUUUCUAAAUGUGGAUGGGCUAUUGGAUCUAGCAGCGACCGAUGCUUUCCUUACUUAUCACCACAGCAAGGAAAGUCCAGUUGUUGUUGUUUUGGCUGACGUCUAUGAAGCAUUUGAUCGGAGAUGCGAGAAGAGCAGCGCAAGGGUUGUCUGUUGCACACCCGCUCUUAAUGUAUGGCUGGUCUCUCACAUCUUUCGUCAUGAAAGUAGACCCAUCUGUCCCCUACAAGGUUACCGCAUGUGUGUCGAGAAUGGGAAAGCAAAUUGGGUAGGGGCAUCUGUUAAUUGGUUCCCCCGAUGGAAGGAAGGAGGGGAAGAAGUUUUGUCUUCAUGUGAAGGGUUCCCAAGCGUCCCCUUGAUGGGAAUGAUGGGUUGUAUCAAUUAUAAUCUCGUACUUUCCAUAAGACAGUUAGGUUAUUCCAUGAGAGGAGCGCCAUCAGAAGAGAGUACCACGUCUUUCAUCGCACGAGGCUUCAGUGACCCCAAUGCAAAAACACUUCAAAGAGUCCGGAAGGCAUGUAACGCGGUGCAAAGAAAGGAUAAGGAGCUCAGAGGAAGCAGCAAUGGGAUCAUCGGCAGUUAUUAUAAGUGGCUAAAGGCUAGAACGCAAGAGAUGAAUUGGCUCCUAAGGCUAAAGAUUUCAAGUAAGGAAGAGGUUGAAACCCUUGAGGAGAGCGAAGAGGUGCAAGCCUUGAAGGCGAAUCUUGAAAGAACCCAAGUGGUCAAGGAAAAGUUCAAGACAAAAGCCAUCAAGGUCAGGAAGGAAUGUGACGAGCUGAGGGAUGUCAACAUGGCCACGACCGAAGCAUUAGAAUGA